AGGAAGAUUCCCCCUGUGUCAGAGACAGGCAGUGAGCGGAGCUUUCCAAGCAGGAGAUUUAUCCAUAUAUAGUAGAGAUAACAACAGAGGUUGGGUGCGGCCAGCUUCAGGACUAAGAGACUGCUUUAGCUGUGUGUGUGUGUGUGUGUGUGUGUGUGUGUGUGUGUGUGUGUGUGUGUGUGUGUGUGUGUGUGUGUGUGUGUGUGUGGUCUUCUUCAGCAGCGGUGACAAGGAUCCAGCGCAGUACCACAGGAAAGCCAGCCAGGCUCCGGGUUCCGUUCCCAGUUGUACGCGAAUACAAACAUGAAAUCAAAGGCGGCAACCCUAUUGCUGGGUGUAACACUUCUACUUACAGAUAUCUGUUCAACUGCAGUCUUCACUUUCUCAGAUCAAGGGAGGAAACACCCCGCAAACCAAAAGAGUAAUUUCCUACCUGAGAAGGCUCAAUCGCAAAUUGAAAAUUGCCAGAAUGGAGGGGUCUAUAAUGGAAUUAUGUGCGUGUGUACAGAUCUGUUCUACGGGUCCCUAUGUGAGUCUUUCAUAGACAGAGUUCCACCGGUCAGGGCAUUCAACACCUCUGCGCAAGUGCAAAUAAAAAUCGAUAAAGAGUAUUCACAGAACCUCAGUGACCCCCAAACUCCGGAGUAUAAGGAAUUUGAACAAGUCUUUAAAAAAGAGAUGAGAUUGGUGUAUUCUAAUGUCCCUGGCUACCAGGAUGUGGAGAUACUGGAUGUCUGUUGCUCAUGCGCAGCCGAUAGACCCACAUGGGCAGUAUUAAUGGGUCAUAAACCUGGAAGACUUAUCUGUAUAAGGAGCUGUCGCCAUAGGAAUUGCAGUAACAGUAUUGUUACCACAUAUGAGGUUAUUGCGCAGGUGAUCCUUAAGAAACAUGUCAAUUUGUCUGAGGAGCAUAAAAUGAUCGUGGGACAGGUGUGGACAGAUAUGACGAAAGCAGUAACAGACAAUUGCACCGGUUCACUGUGCAUUUCUGAUAUUUCUGUAAUGAUGUCAACAGAACCUCCGAGUAUGAGUGAAAUAUGUCAAUCACUAAUUCCAUACGGCUUCAGAGAAUUUUUCUCCCCUCUGCUCACUCCUGAGGGCCUGUACUGUCUGUCUUACUGCGAACCACUAUCCUCUAAUUAUCAGAACUGUAACGGGGGUAAAUGUGAGAUAAAGAAAGAUAUUGGACCCCGCUGCUUUUGCCCAAAUACAGAUCAAUACAUGUAUAUAUCAGGAACCUGUACAGGAAAGAUUUUAAAAUCAGGUUUAUAUGGAGGCAUCUGUGUCCUGGUUAUAAUAAUCAUCACUGGGGCAUUUUUCCUGUACAAAGCAAAGAGAAGUGGUCAUAAAAUUGACUCACCUGAGGAUAAUGAAGAGACGUUUGUAAAACGCGGCAUCUCCAACCCUUCUUCACAAUUAGAAAACCGCGAGCAGUUCCUUUUGCUAGAGCGCUAUGAUGUCACUUCAGUGUGGGUGUGCAGUCCCACUGCGACUUUUGGCGUCACACUGGUUGAUAGCUUCUUCUUAAGUUGAAAAUAAAGAGACCGGAGAUCUGUAGUGUGAGAAGCUCAGUGAUCCAAGAGGAGACUUUGGACUCCACAAUCUAGCUCCAACUAGUCUUCAAGAAUGCAAAACAGACUGAUGGGAAGUUAUCCAGGAUUCCUCAUCUCAUUAUAGGGUGUGAAUUUCACGAUUAUUUCUAAUAAAUAUUUAAAAUGCCAGCGUUAAUAUAUGCUGCGGACGCAAGGCGCAUCUUAUUACCAUAUACGAUAAAAGUGCGCUGUAUGUCGCAAACACUACAUCCCUUAAGAGAAAACAAGCACUUGCACAUUGUAUUACUGAGGUACAACGCUCAGAGAUGUAUAUAUUUGCUAUUAAAAGGGUAUGCAUACAAUAUAACACAUGUACAGUAUAUAUAUGGUUACAGAGUUACAAUUACACAAGAAGCAGUUGUAGUUACAUAAGGAUCAAUCACAGCCAGCAUACUUCACCCUGUCCCUUGCUCAAUGCACAGUCUGCUCCAUCUUUGAAUCUGCACCAACAGCAACAAAAAACAGAACUUCUUGGGUGAGGGGAAAAGCCUAUAUACUGUGUAUUGGGGGGAAGUACAAGUCUUCUGUUAUUGGCCCAGGGGAGGGAGAUCGCUCAUUCAUGAUGUGUCAUUGGUCAGUUCAUAUGCAAGCAACGUCCAGCCUUGAAGAUGCCAUCAUAGGGAUUAGCCAUGCUGUCUUUCAGGAAGUUCUUUGUUCACUUUUGAAUUGUGGCUUCAUAUUCAUACAUUCAAUCAUAACUAAUCAUUGCAAUGUGCUACAACCUACCCACUGCCAUCAAACCAACGCACUCAUUCCCCUGAUCAUUUUGACACCAAGCAUGACAUGUUUAUCUUGUUACGUUCCAAUAAUACAUAUAUAUGUGAUGUUAAACUCUAUUAUAUAAAUACAUUA